CGGAGCUCCACUAUAUUUUCCGAGCCAAUCGAUAGAUCAGCGGCAACGCAAAGUCCACCGCGGGGUGACUCGUUUUCUUUGCCAUCGACAAAGAUCUGUAACAUCUUUCUCUCACCCAAAAACCAGCAUUAUUUUUUAUGGUGCCCAACUACUAUAAAACUCAAUCGGAUCGCCACAUUGGGCUCUCACAAUGAAGGCCACCUCUCCCUGAUCUUGCUAUGGCCAAAAACAAGAGGGGAGCUCCCGCUUUCCGUGGCGCAAAGAACGCCAGGGGAGGACGAGGAGGCAGGGGAGCUUUUCGUGGAGGUGGGAGCUAUUCAUCAACGCCACCCCGAGUCAAUUUUGUCAGAGAAGAAACUGCUGGAUUCACACUUGCUGACGAAGCUCGCCAGACGUCGCAACAUGAUCAUUCUACAUGGGGCAAUUCCAGCCUACGACUGCGACCAGUCACUUUCGUCAGCGCUGGACCUAGCGAACCUCUGAAGCAUUUGGAUGCGAUUGUUGACCCAGCCGACGAGGAACUAGAAGCAAUGACCGAAGAGGAAGAAGUGCACGAAAAGGAAGAGGAGGUCAAAGAUGACCAGUUCGAUGAACAGAGCUUUGAGGAAUUCACCGACAAAGUUGACUUCAUAGGCCCCGAUGACCUCGAGGAAGCUAUACAAGCCGAGACUGUACCUGAAGAAAGCACACCACAGGAAGUACCAUUCUUCUUUGAUCUCACAGGAGACCAGUUGCAAAAAAAGAAGGAUCUACCCCCAGUGGAGAUACCGGAUAGACCAUCAUCGAGGAGCAGCACCUCGAGCGAGGAAGUGCUUCUCUUCAAGGGCCGAGGUGCGCAGAGAAACGUACAAUCUGUGCCUGAUAUCGACAUGGUGCAGAUGCAGACUGAAAUCCGUGUCGUCGAGCAGGCCAUCAUUGCUGAGCCGGCCCAUUCAGCACAAUCACCAGCUCCCGAACUGCAAACGGAACCAAUCCGUAGCAAAAACCUAUCCAAGAAGGAGAAAAAACAGAAGAAGCGCGAGAAACGCAACGCGAAAACCAAAUUCGAUGACGAGGAGGAUGCCAUUCUCGCCGAUUACAUCGCCAACCUCAAGGAAAACACUGAAGUUGAUGAUUACUUCAGGGAACUGCUCGAAGGUGGAAGACACUCGGACGAUAGUGGCGUAUCCGAGUCAGCCAACGCUGCAGGAGAUGACACGGAUGCUGAUACAGACGAUGCUGAAGCGACCAACGGAGAUGAGGUCCCUAGCGAGAUCGAUGAUGAGACACUCGCAAGACUGAUCGCCGGCCAGCAACUUGGUCAAGAUCUGGGUAUGGAGGAUGUACAUUUCGGAGACUCUUCGAGCGACUCCGACUCAGACGAUGACGACACUGGCAAGAGGACGAAACAGCGCCAGGAAUUUGACGAUGAUUUUGAUUUGAUGGAUUGGGAUCGCCCCAGCCUGCGUCGGCGCAAAGGCAAAGGCGCUCGAGCUCAGAUCAGCUUCAAUAUGUCCGAUUCCGAACUGGAAGCAUCUCUCCAAGCCAGCUGGAAGAGCGAUCGUCUCAAGAAAUCCGAGCGAAAGAAACAGCGAGAGGAAAUGCGUGCCCUUGGCAUGCUAGGCAAAAAAGACCCUGACGAUCUUCGGGUCAAAUAUCCAGAUGGAAUGAACAUGGACCAAGUCGCAGAUGAGCUACAAACAUUCCUGAUGGGUUCUGACGAACAACUUAAUUUCCCCCCAAUGGAUAACAAUGCGCGCAAGAUGAUCCACGAGCUGGCGAGCAAAUUCAAGCUCAAGUCCAAGUCGAUAGGAAAAGGCGACCAACGAAGACCGACACUUCAUCGAACGAAGCGUACGCCUCCUUACGUCCCAGCAACCUUCGAUCAAGCUCUCAAGCGCGUCAAUCGCAAGUAUCUUCCUCGCUCGGACAAGAAGGGCAAGAAAGGGAAUCGCUUGCCGCCUGCUCGUGGUGGCACUUCCGUCGCGGCUGCUACAUAUCAAGACGGUGAGGUGGUUGGUGCUUCAGCGCCAGAAUUGGGCAUUGAGAAUCGUGGAAGAGCGAUGCUGGAGAAGAUGGGCUGGAGCAUGGGAACCGCGCUCGGAGCCUCGAACAACAAAGGCAUCAUGCAACCUGUUACUCAUACAAUGAAGCGCUCAAAAGCUGGACUGGGAUAGAAGUUGGUCAAAUGUUCAUCAUAGCCCUUUAAGAAGUUGGAGGAAUGCAAUACACUGUAGAGAUUAGAAACCAGUGGCAUCAGGCACACAUGUAACAGUAAAAGGAUGGGACACAAAGCUUAUGUGCACGAAUUCAUUUGAUCGAGACCCUAUUCUCGAUGUUUA